AUGGCAACACAUAAUUUCUCACCAUCAAUAUUAUGCAUCGUUUUGACCACUCUUGUCUCCAUCGCCGGAGCAAAAGUCCCGGCGAUUAUAGUCUUCGGCGACUCUUCCGUAGACUCCGGCAAUAACAACUUCAUACCAACCAUGGCCAGAGCCAAUUUCGAACCUUACGGUCGUGAUUUCCCCGGCGGUCGCCCCACCGGUCGAUUUUGCAACGGCCGUCUCUCCUCCGAUUUCACUUCCGAAGCUUAUGGCCUUAAACGGACCGUACCGGCCUAUCUCGAUCCGUCCUACAAUAUAUCGGAUUUCGCUACCGGAGUUUGCUUUGCCUCCGCGGGUACUGGCUAUGACAAUUCAACCGCCGAUGUGCUUGGCGUGAUUCCGUUAUGGAAAGAAGUCGAGUACUUCAAAGAAUACCAACACAAACUUGCCGCCUAUCUCGGCCACCGGAAAGCCGACAAUAUCAUCAGAGGAUCUCUGUACUUAGUCAGCAUCGGAACCAACGAUUUCCUUGAGAACUACUACACAUUACCAGACAGGAGAUCACAAUUCAGCAUCAGUCAAUACCAAGACUUCCUGAUUGGCAUCGCCGAGGUUUUUUUAAAGGAUCUUUACAAACUCGGAGCUCGGAAAAUGUCUUUCACCGGAAUCUCUCCGAUGGGAUGUCUACCACUUGAGAGAGUGACGAAUCUUAACGACCCUUUUAGCUGUUCUCGAAGUUACAAUGACUUGGCUAUUGAUUUCAAUGGGAGAUUGAGGAGAUUAGUGAGCAAACUGAAUAAAGAGCUUGUUGGAAUGAGGAUUUACUUUGCUAAUCCUUAUGAUAUCAUUUGGGAUAUUGUUACCAAACCUGAUCUUUACGGUCUAGAGGUGUCUAGUUCUGCGUGUUGCGGCACGGGAUUGUUCGAGAUGGGAUUUCUUUGUGGUCAGGACAACCCGUUAACUUGCAGUGAUGCAAAUAAGUACGUUUUCUGGGACGCUUUUCACCCGACCGAGAAGACUAAUCAGAUUGUGUCUAAUUACUUCUUCAAGCAUCUCAAGAAUCUGUUUCAUUGA